AUGGCGACAAAUACGUCCACCGGACAGCACCCGGUGGCCGCCGCUGCGUCUUUGAGCACGGCGUCCUGUUUUACCUCACUAGCUGGCGCAUCUUCGCCGUCCAACCUCGUUAGCACUGCAGUCUGUUUCGUGAGCUUCUUCGUCACCCAUGUUGUCGAGUCUCUCACCGCACUGGCUGCCCGCUUGACAGUCGCCCGUAUCAUUGCCGCUGUCGCGGCCUUUCUCGUGGCGGCCUUCCUGGCGGACUGCGCCCUCAAGCCGCGCUACCCGCGGUCUCUGCCCCGGGUCGGCUACGGCGACAGCGUCAUUGCGACGCUGCGCAACUGGUUCGGCUACAUUUUUUACUUCAACGACUGGGUCGACGAGGGCUACAACAAGUUCUCCAAACAGAACAAGGCAUUUCUUGUGCCGUCGGCGGCCUCGCGGCCGCAAGAAGUCGUAGUGCCCCGCAACCAGACGGCCUGGAUGCUCGACCUGCCAGACCACGUCCUGUCGGCCCAUGCCGCGCACGGCGAUGUGCUUUAUACGGAGCAUAAUUUCAUCUUUGACGCCCACGCGCAUGCCCGAGCCUAUGCGACCAAGCACGGCCUGCCACCCGUCCCGCCACGCGGCCCCGGCGACCACCACGACCACAAGCACUCGCCCGUUGACGAGGAUUUCCACACGCGCGUUGUCCACCGCAGCCUGGCUCGGCACCUGCCGGGUCUGCUUCCGGCUGUUGAGAACGAGGUGAUUGUGGCUGUCGAUGCGGCCUUUGGUGGCGGCGACGCCACUGCCGCUGCCGCUGCCGGUGACGGUGAUGGCGAAUGGCACACGAUCAAGCUUUGGGACGCCUGGCUGGCCAUGGUGCCACAGAUUACAAAUCUCCUCCUCGUGGGCCCGGACGCCUGCCGCAACCAGCCGCUGCUCGACACAUUUGUCAAAUUUGCCGACACGGUCGUCACGAACAGCUUCCUGCUCAACAUGUUCCCAAAACUGCUGCACCCGCUCGUGGGCCGCCUCGCCAGCAUCCCGAACCGUCGUCUUUGGCGCCGUGCCCACGGUUUCUUGGAACCGCUCAUCCUGGAGCGUAUCCGCGUCAUGACGUCCCCUGAGACGAACGAAGCCAGGGACACGGUCAACGAGGACUUUAUCACCUGGCACAUACGCAUGGCCCUGGCCGAGAACCGCAGAGCCGAGCUCGACCCUGUCGCCAUCUCGAAGCGCCUGCUGCCCAUUGAGUUUGCCGCCAUCCACACGACUGUGCUGACCGGGUUCUUUGUCAUUAUCGAUCUGCUGACGUCCGACCCGGCCUACAUCGAGGGCAUCCGCGAAGAGGUCCAGGCGGCGCGGGACACGUCACUCGACAACCAUUGGACCAAGCCGUCGCUCGCCCGUCUCUGGCGCACCGACAGCGCCAUCCGCGAAAGCAUGCGCGUUAGCAACUUUGCCACGUCACUGGUCAAACGCAAAGUCAUUGCACCGGGCGGGGUCACCAAUGCGGCCGAGGGAUGGCAUGUGCCGUACGGCGGCCUCCUGAUGCUGGACCUGGCCGGCACGCACCACGACCCGGACUUGUAUACGAACCCAGACCAGUACGAUGCAUUUCGCUAUGCACGGCAGCGCGAGGCGUAUGACGCUGCCACAGUCGCGGCGCCAGCAGGUGCCGGAGGCGAACAAGAGACCACGAAAACGCCCGAGCAGAUUGCGGCCGACGCGAUGCGUGGGCUCAAGCUGGGCAUGGUCACCACGAGCGACAGCCACCUGGCCUUUGGCCACGGCCGGCAUGCAUGCCCCGGCCGUUUCUUUGUGGCACACGAGCUCAAGAUGAUUCUGGCCCACCUUCUCACCAAUUUUGAAUUCAAACCCCUCGAGACGAAACCAAAGAACAUCUGGAUUGGACAGACGAUCAUCCCACCAGUGGAUGUCAAAGUAGAAGUCCGGAGGAGGAAGGCGACAUGA